AUGUCUGAAGGAGCAAAGCCUCUCCCGCCAUGGGGGAGUGCCAUCGCAGGUGCCUCUGGUGCUGUGCUAGCUAACGCACUGGUAUAUCCGCUGGACAUCGUCAAGACCCGACUACAGGUUCAAGUCAAGCGCAAGGGAACAGAAGUGAGGGUGAUCGACCAACCAGCAGAUGGCGAUCAUCACUAUGAAGGCACACUGCACGCUAUCCAAACAAUCAUAGAACACGAGGGCGUUGCCGGUCUCUACUCCGGUCUCGCAGGCUCGCUUGCUGGUGUCGCCAGUACCAACUUCGCAUACUUCUACUGGUACUCGAUCGUACGGACACUAUACCUGAGGUCGGGCGCAAAGCACUCUACAGCUUCAGAGCUCUCACUAGGCGCCGUUGCCGGUGCGCUAGCUCAGCUGUUUACGAUUCCCAUCGCUGUUGUCACAGCCCGACAACAGACGCAAAGAAAACAUGAGAGAAAGGGCAUCAUCGAGACCGGCAGGGAGGUCGUCAACAGCGAGGAUGGCUGGACCGGUCUGUGGAGAGGCCUCAAGGCCAGCUUGAUCUUGGUCGUCAAUCCCUCCAUCACGUAUGGCGCUUAUCAGCGUUUGCGGGAAAGAUUCUACCCAGGCCGAACAACUCUCCGGCCCCACGAGGCAUUCUUACUCGGUGCCCUCUCCAAAAUGCUCGCCACCAUCGUCACUCAACCCCUCAUAGUAGCCAAAGUCGGCCUCCAGUCCCGCCCACCACCCGAGCGCCAAGGCAAGCCCUUCAAGAGCUUUGGCGAAGUCAUGGCCUACAUCAUCGAACACGAAGGGCCACUGGCUCUUUUCAAGGGCAUCGGUCCACAGAUCACCAAGGGCUUCUUGGUACAAGGCAUCCUCAUGAUGACGAAAGAGAAGAUGGAGAUGGUUUUCAUCAUGCUCUUUGCCUAUGUCCGCAUCGUGCGGGAGAAGAAAUUGCGACAGCUGGCAGAGAAGGUCAAGGAAAAGGCAAGGGAAACAAAUGUAGACAAGGUUGUGCCACAGGUGGUAGAGAAGGUUAAAGAGAAGGCCAAGGACGUGACGAACAUCGUGUAA